AUUAUAAUCUUAAUCCAUAACAUGAAUUACAACAUUGAAAAUCUUCACCUUUUUGAAACCCACUGCUCACACUCAAGAACCCUUCCUGUCUCUCAAGAGGCAGAUACCAUAUCUCUUCCAGUUACAUUCAUGAAGAAAGGGUUGCAGGCAAUUCCGAUGCUUAGCCUACCUGCUCAAUACACUUCAGCAUUUAUGAACUCUUCUUGGGAAAACAAGGUUUACACACAUGGUGAAAACUGAAAGGCAUCCUCUCAUUAUGACAGUUCUGCUUGCAAUACUUUCAGCACCAGUGCUGCUAAACCUCAGUUUGUACCUUUCCAGCAGGAUACUGGCUAUAUACUUGAAAAAUUUUCGAAUCUAAACGAAAAUUGAAAAUCGCUGGACCAGAUAAAUUUAGAGACUGAGAGUCAUGAUGUCAUGACAAAAAAAGCUGCUUGUAGUCCUUCUCUGACUUCCCGAAUCGUACAGUUAGGUGGUGAUGUCACGUGACAAGCUCAGCUUGAAGAACAGAAAGAAUUUCUGGUCAACGAAAAGAUUCCCAUCCUUGAGGGAUAUCAAUACGCUCUUAGCUAUACAGAAAGUAAGGGCCCAAGAAGAAGGAAGAGAGUGAUUCAUUGCAAGUAUCCUGGCUGUGAAAAGCAUUUUAUCAAAGCUUGGAACUUCCUUGAUCACGCAAGAAUGCAUCUUGGAGAGAAGCCCUUCUGCUGUGAAAUAUGAGAAUCUAAGUUUACUCAGAAAGGAAACCUUAAAAAGCAUAUGAAGAAGCACCAAAAAUAGGGACUGCCUAUACCUAAUCCUAAUUUCUCUUAAAUAUUGAUAA